AUGAGCGACGCAGCGACACAGCAGGUGAUCCAAGCUCUGAAUGUGCUCUAUACCGACCCUAGUUCGGACGCCAAGGAGACCGCCAACGCCUGGCUCAGCAACUUUCAAAAGAGUGUUCGUCCUCGCCUGCGUGCACGAGCUCGUGUUGACGCACGAGACGAGUGCUGGCGCUGACCAUCGUUCUUUUGCUCGUACAGAACGAAGCUUGGGCAACGUCGCAUUUGAUCUUGUUCGCGCCCGAUGCGCCGAUCGAGCCCAAGCUGUUUGCCGCUCAGACCUUUCGCACCAAAGUCCGUCCGAGCUCGACAGCUCGACGCCCCCUUGCUAAGCCUUGAUGGACCGUAAGCUCAUCUUAUCCCACCGCCCGUAGAUCAGCUUCGACUUCGACCAACUACCCGAAGCCCAACUGGUCCCCCUGCGCGACUCGUUGCUGUCGGCGUUGCGCUCGUUCGCCGUCUCCGGCCCACGCGUGAUCCUCACCCAGAUCUGCAUCGCCCUCGCCGACCUGGCCCUACAACUCACCUCGCAACAAUGGGCCGACCCGACUAGCUCCAUGAUCGAGCUGCUUGGCCAGGACCCCGCUAUGGCUGCGGCGUUGCUCGAAUUCUUGCAGGUGCUUGCGGAGGAGUAUGCCUCGAACCUCAAGAUCGAGGUCAAGAAUGACUUUGGGAGGGGGCAGGCCAACGGGAAGGGGCCGAGUAAAGGUGAACAGGUUGUCAAUCUACUGUCGAUGUAUGUUCAAGCACCAGGUGAGUGCUCGACCUCUCGUUUCAGUCGGGGUGCGAUCCAACAGCGCCUGAACUGACUUCCGCGCCGUUCACGCCCGUCGCCCCACCUUCACAGGCAUCACGCCCGCACUCCAAAACCAAUGCUACGCCUGUCUCGGAUCAUGGCUUCGGACAGGACAGUCCACUUCCAGCUCACUAGCCGGAUCUGCAAUCCUCUCCGCCGCCUUUGCCUCGCUCGCCUCGGACGAAUGCUUUGACACCGCCGUCGACCUCCUCGUCGACAUCAUCCAUGAAACCCAAGAGCUCGAAGACAACGUCCAGAUUAUUCAGGAGCUCGUACCGCGGCUGACGGCGCUCAAACCAAUCCUUUCCGACCCUGCCACGAGGGACGACGAGGACCGCAUGCGAGGUUACUGUCGCAUCCUCGUCGAAGCGGGCGAGACCUACACGCGAUUGAUCGUCGAGCACCAAGACUCGUUCGCACCACUCGUCGAAGCGAUUGCCGAAUGUGCCGCUUACGACAAUCUCGAAGUUGUCGGCAUCACCCUUCGAUUCUGGUAUCGACUCUCACAAGGGCUCGGGCGGUCAAAGGGCGACGCCUCGCGUUCGUCGACACCGAACGGAGCAUCGGGAAGAGGUCCUUCGGCGACGACUUCACAAGCGAUUUUGGCCAUCUUUUCCCAACUCGUCGGUACCAUCAUCCGGCAUCUACACUACCCCGACGACGACGCCGCGCUCGUAGGAGAGGAGAGGGAUCAGUUCCGCGCAUUCCGUCACGACAUCGGCGACACGCUCAAAGACUGCUGCUCCGUCCUCGGCGCGAUCGCCUGUCUCCGUCAAUCGUACGAACAGAUCAUGUCCGCUCUCUCGGCCGCGAGUUUGCCUUCGACGCCGGGACUCGUCAGUGGGUCGGCUUCGACGACACCUGCUGCGACACGACCGACGACGCCGAGCCCCGUCAAGUGGCAGGACCUCGAAGCGCCGCUCUUUUCGAUGCGCUCGAUGGGCGCCCAAGUCGACGUCCACGACAGCGAGAUCAUGCCCGCCAUCCUGAAGCUCGUCACGAGUCUACCUGCGCACCCCAAGAUUCGCUAUGCCGCCAUUCUUGUGAUCGGACGGUACACCGAAUGGGUCAACUACCACCCCGACCACAUCCAGCAACUUUUGCCGUUCAUUUCGAGUGGGUUCGAGCAAGGAGAAGGCGAGGUCUCGGCUGCGGCGGCGCAGGCGAUGAAGUACCUCUGUAAGGACUGCAGUCAACAUCUCGUUCCUUUCUUGCCCGACUUGCACGCGUUCGUGCAAGGGAUCGCGAACAAGAUCGCACCCGAAGAUUUGCUCGACCUUUCCGCCGCGAUUGCGCACAUCAUCGCCGCGAUGGAUCCCGCAACGGCACUUCAGGCUCUGUCGACGUUUUGUAUGCCCAACGUCGAGGUCGUUCAUCAACUCACGCAGGCGACGGCGAAUGCGACCAAGGAUGAACUCAGGUCGGCGUGCGACGCACUCGAGCGACUCGACUGCUUGCUCGCGAUCGUCGAUCGGUUCCCCGACGGACCUCCUCCCUCGUGCGUCUCGACGGCCGAACAGGCUUGGCAUGUGCUCGAUGCUUUCCUCGCGCGGUAUGGAACGGAUCUGAUGGUGGCGGAGAAGACGAGCGUCGUGGUCCGAAGAGGGUUGUACUUUUUCGACGAGCUCGUCUUCCCUCUCGCGAUCCCGGUGUUGGAGAGGUUGACGACCGAAUUCGAGCGGCAUCCGGCUUCGAGCUAUUUGUGGAUCACGGCCAAGAUGGUCGAUGCGUUCGCUUGGAGAAAGGAGGCGGGUUUCGAUGCGGCGGUGAAGAAGGCGUUUGAGCGACAGACGGUCAAGAUUGUCGAGGCCUUGCAGUCGCGACCACCGGCGCAGAUUGGGGAUGGUGAGUGGUUGCGCAAGCUGAAAAUAUGACGCCUAAAGGGGUGUAACGGAGUGUUGCCAUGCUAAUCAGCGCUUUGUUCUUUUCGCUCGCAGUACUUGAUGACUUUAUGCACCUAUUCCUCAACCUCGUAGAGCAAAGUCCCGACGUGAUGCUCCCUUCACCUGCUUUCCCCGCAGCUUUCCAAGCUGUGCUCUCGACCUUGACAUUGUACUCGCCCCACAUCGUCCUCGCCGCUCUCGAUGCCGUCCGUUCGGUGGUGGGUCACGAUGCGCUUCGGUCGCCCGGUCCUUCGGCCUUUUCAACGACGAUCAAAACGACGAUCUCUUCAACGGCGCAACAACUCGUCUCGUUGCUCAUCGAUGCGCUGGUAGAAGGUGACGAGGACGUCGCAGGGAACGUGUUGACCGUGCUGCGACUGCUUUCGAUCGAGUUCGCGAACGAAUUGGCGCAGAACGUCCCCACCGCGGUCGGGCACUUACCGACGAGGAUCGCUUCGGAGGAGGAGAAGAAGGAAUUCUUGGGCAGGUUCGAGGCGUGAGUUGAUGACUUUCUGAACUCGGUCGGUCGUUCGAGCGUAUUCACUGAUCAACCUUUUUUCGCAUUUUUCUCGCAGCUCUGUGUCGAGCACGAACCCGAAUGCUGUCAAGGAGUCGUUCACUUGGCUAUUGAGGAGAACGAGGAUGAGUCGCGAGAGAGCUCGGACAUGA